AUGCACGGACUCGGCAAAUUUCUGCUUCUCACCGUUCUGGCAUGUCUUGGACAAACUUUCCAUGGGAGUGACAUCAUACAUGUAGAAAAAGCCCCAAACAACUCUAUGUUGUACAUGGACUCAGUGCAAAACAAAUGGGGUCAUGUGUGUGGAGGAUUUCUGGUCAGCAAGGACUUUGUAAUCACUGCGGCACACUGUUUUAAAGAAGAACCUGAACAUGUUAUUCUGGGAACCCAAAAUCUAUGGAGGUGGAAUACUCAACCAAGGUAUAUUGAAUACAUGUGCAAACACCCAGCUUAUCAAUCAGUUGUACAGGGUGAUGACCUCAUGCUCCUUAAAUUGAAUGGGAAAGCUCCUCUAAACAAUGGAGUGACAACAAUUCCACUUCCAGCACCUGAAAUAAACCUGAAAGAAAAUCUGAUCUGCUCUGUAGCAGGAUGGGGUAAAACUGAGAAUGGUUCUGGUGUGGAUGACCUGAGAGUAGUAAAUGUGUCGCUCAUAAAUCGACAAACCUGUCAGAAGGCAUGGGAAAAUAACUUUCCUUCCAAUGUGAUUUGUGCUGGAGGAUAUGGAACCGACAAAGGAUUUUGUCAAGGGGAUUCUGGCGGUCCUCUGGUGUGCGAAGGGAUAGCUGUUGGUGUUGUAUCAUUCAACAAAUACAGGUCCUUCUACUGCAAAUACCCAGAUGUACCCAACGUCUAUACAGACAUAUCCAAACAUCUUAAAUGGAUCAACAACAUUAUGAAAGCAAAGACAUGUGUGUUGUAA